AUGCUGCUUAUGAUUCUCUUGGUGAUGACGAAGACGGUUGCGAUGCUGCACUGUUGUUUUGCCAUCGUGCAAGAUGCCGACGAUGGUGGCCGGCUGACCAGCUUCGGUAGGCAUCGGCAGCUGGUUUUUGCGCCCUCCGGCUGGGUGCCGGAUGUUACGAGCCGUGAGCUGCCAAACGUCAUGCUGGAGCGCGAGCACGUCCACGGCAUGGACGGCUCCUGCCCAGGUACGGUGCACUUCGUCGGGGAAGACCGCUGUAUCUACAUCGCAGCCCGCUUAUGCGUCGUGGAGGAUCUCCGAGAAUCGCGGCAGAGUUUCUUCGAGGGGCACAACAGCGAUGUUCUUUGCCUCUCCUACUCGGAGGCUCAUCACCUGGCCAUCAGCGGGCAGCAGGACCCACCAGGAGAGGGCUGCCCUUUCGCAUGUGUCUGGUCUCCCAGCUUUCCCUCGAGGCCUUUGGCAGAGCUACGAUGCUACCAGGAACGAAAAGGUGGCAAUCCUCCUCCCCGAUUGCAGUAUGGGGCAGACAGCAGCUACAUCGACCUGCCCCCCGAGUUUGAUCCGAAGACAAUGGUGGAGGUGCCGCUUCGGAGCAUUGUUUCCGUGGCCAUUGCGAGCAAUGGCCGCUUUGCGGCUAUGUCAGCGCUGGAUGAGAAGAAAAGUAUUUGUCUUUACCACCUGCCGGCAGACGUGGCUCGACGUCGCAAGAGCGAGCCAACGCAUACUUAUGUCAUCAAGGUACCCGCUCUGCUGAUCGGGCCCGGGGGGAACCCAUGCGAGAUGAUGGUACCGAAUCCCUUCGACGGAGAUGGAGGAUUCCGCUUUGCGGCGCUGACGAAGACGGCGGUAAAGCUUUGGGAGUACCGGCAAGCCACACAUGAGGUGAAAAGUAGCUCUGUGGUCUUUGGCAAGAAUCCGCAGCAGCAGAUGACUUACGUUGCUUACGUUGAUCAGGGGCAUCUUCUCAUGUGCGGCAAGGAUGGCCACCUCUACAACGUGGAGGGAGGAACCUGCCACAACUCCGCGUCUGUCUCCAGCUCCCUUGGUUGUGCAGUCCCCCUGGGCCACUGCAGAGGUUCGGCAUUUCACUUCGCUGUUGGCGCCAGCGAUGGCAGCUUCAUGCUGGGCCGCACGGAGCAGGAGGAGGCCAUUCGAGGCAAGAAGCAGAAGCUGGGGCACAGACCUUGCGUCAUCGUCCGCUUCAAUCUGGGGGAGGUUCCUGCGGAGCCGAACCAGGUUUGGCCGAAAGAUCUGCGUCCCCACUGGAAGAGUUUGCAAGUAAAUGAGCAAGGUCUCUGUAUAGCCGCCUCCGCCGGCCAUGUGCUGGUUCUUUUGGACCUGGGCCUUCGAGAAGGAUCUAGCCGUCGGCUGCUUCGCAUUUUGCAGGUGGGUCACAAGGUCGAAGCUUUUGCGCUCGCACCACACCCGAAGAUCCUAGAGCUCUGCGCCACCGGUGACGAGCGGGGUGUGAUUCACUUCUGGGACUUGGAGGCCAAGAGGCCCCUCCUCCACAAGGUGUACCGGUCGGACCUCGCCGUCCGUAGCCUGGCCUUCUCCCCCGAAGGCGACAUGUUGGCCUUGGGCCAGUCAACUGGUCUCCUGAAGCUCUUGGACUUCCCCUCGCUUGAAGGUAUCUUUCACCGCCGGCUUUCGCGUCCGGGGAAGGACGGGGAAGUUCUUUCCUGGAUCGCCUUCUCGAACUAUGCUGACAGCGCAAAGUCGCGCUACCUUGCAUGCGCCAGUUGGGAUCAGAACGUUUACCUCCUACGCAUCUUCUGGAAGCAGAAGAAAGAGGUCAGACAGACCUCCCAGUGGCAUCAGGAAGUCGCCUUCAAGGGUGCGCUGUCGGGCAACUCGUCCUCACCCACGCACGUGAUGUUCACCGACGACGCCCAAUUUGUUGUGUCGACCUCGAAGGAUCUGAAUGUCCUGGUAUGGAAGACGGGAACUGGAGAGCGCAUCAGCAAAACGUCAUCGCUUCGAGACGCCCAGUUCUCGUGCUGGCGGUUACCUUUGGGAUUCCCGGUGGCCGGAGUUUGGAGACAAGAAUAUGCUCAGUCCGACGUAAAUGCCGUCUGCCAGAGCCAUGCAUCAGGUCCUGGCCCCGCUGCUGGGGAAGUAAUGGCAGUCGGGGAUGACCAGGGAGCAAUUUGGCUCUACCGCUUUCCGUCACCUUUGUCUCUGGCUGCCGGGCGUGAGUACCUAGGCCAUGCGUCCUUUGUCACAAACUUGCAGUUCACUCCAGGCAACAUUCUGCUGACCGUCGGCGGCAACGACCACACUGUUAUGCAGUGGCGUACGAAGCCCAUGCCCAAAUCCCACGUCUUCGGCCGCGGGCAUCGAGCCCGUUCCCAACCGCCACGGCAGCUGCCUUGGGCUACAGAGAAGCCGUCGUCACCGCAGCAACCCCCGACAGAGGGUGCAAAGACUGCAUCCGAACUUCCCCUUGCACCUGCUGCAGCGCCCCUGGCGAUGCCGCCAGCCGCACCCACGGCACAGGAGGUUCUGGAUCAGCUGGGUCAACCUUCUGGCAGACCGCCUCGGCCGCGUGGUGGCUCUGAGCGUGGAUACGCCGGCUUUCGUGGCCCUUUCGCAGGUGAGGACCGGCCUGCCUCACAGCCGGCGAGCAGCGUCGCCUCAAGUGCUGGGCGGCAGCAGAGCCGCACAGAGGCGGAGAGCCGUCGGCGUUCGAGUCGUGGCGGCAUUGCUCCGCGGAGGGCUUCGUCUGCAGACUUAGGCAAGAAUCCUCAGGAAGAGAAACCUGGGCUUCGAUCCCUGUCCCUGAGGUCACGAACCGCCCAGACUCCCGCUGGCGCACGCUGUCGCCGAAUCGCGUCGGGCAUCCGCUGA